GGCAGUUUAUAUCGGCCACGUUGAGCGCCUUUGCUAAUGCUAAAUCUUGAAUCGGCCGCAGACAGGUCCGAGUAUGUACCAACUAUUUUUUUUUCCCUUAUCUCCCUUUCAUGGUCAGAAGUUGACUCUCUUUCCCGCAGUGCCCCGUCUCCUUUCUUCAGGGCCCCUCCACGAGACACCCCGCCCCCCAGCAAGACGCGCCGCGACUCCAACCUGGUAGUGGGUGCUGCCUACUCGCACGCCGAUAUGCUCAAGUUCGAUUCUCUGAAUCUAUCCAGUUCCGGCUCCCGCCCAAGAACCCCUCCAUCUGGCCAAGGGCACGAACGAAGUGCGUCGGCGAGCUCCCCGUCACGAAAGGCCAGCUCCAAAUCCAGCGCGCCGCCAUUCAAGACGUACAUGAAUUUUCUGUCCAACACCAACGACGACUGGACCGUGGACGACGAUGCCGAGGAUAUGUACGACUACGAGUCGGACGAUGGUGACGACUUCGGACUGCCGAGCCUAUCCAACAUGAAGCGGAGGUCACAGAAAAAGGCCGAGUUGAGCAGGGCGCAAACCGAGGAUGACCUGGACGGCGGCGGCGGCGGCGACGUUAGGGAAUCGGCCCGCCGACGAAACUCGGACAGCGCCGACAUUGCGGUUGAGCGACCUGCGUCGAUAUACCCGAUGCCUAAGAAAAGCGAGGGCAAGAUACUACGACCGCAAUAUAAAGAGAUAUUACGAGACCCCGCGAACGCGCUUCACCUAAUCAAUUACCCAUCACCGCCUCCCAACGCCACGCCCAAGGAAGUGGACGCCAUCAACUCGCGGAUAACCAGGAUCAACAAGUUCAAACGGUUACUCCAGGCAUCAACGAUACCAUUACCCGAACUCCGCGCGUUGGCCUGGUCCGGCAUACCACAGGAGGUGCGCGCUAUGACGUGGCAGCUUCUCCUCAGCUACCUCCCCACGAGCAGUGAGAGAAGGGUAGCGACCCUGGAGCGGAAGCGGAAAGAAUACCUCGACGGUGUUCGCCAGGCGUUCGACAAGGGGGCGGGGGCCGGCGGCACCAGUAACAGCAACAACAAGAACGGCAACGGCGGGUCGGGCCGCGGCGGUCGCGGCCUCGACGAGGCGAUCUGGCACCAGAUCAGCAUCGACGUGCCGCGCACCAACCCGCACAUCGAGCUGUACAGCUACGAAGCGACGCAGCGCUCGCUCGAGCGCAUCCUCUACGUGUGGGCUGUCCGGCACCCGGCGAGCGGCUACGUGCAGGGCAUCAACGACCUCGUCUCCCCCUUCUGGCAAGUCUUUCUGGGCACGUACAUCACGGACCCAGACAUCGAGAGCGGCAUGGACCCGGGCCAGCUCCCGAGGGCGGUGCUGGACGCGGUCGAGGCCGACUCGUUCUGGUGCCUGACCAAGCUGUUGGACGGGAUCCAGGACCACUACAUCGUCGCGCAGCCGGGCAUCCAGCGGCAGGUGUCUGCCCUGCGGGACCUGACGGCGCGGAUCGACGCCGGCCUGGCGAAACACCUGGAGGCGCAGAACGUCGAGUUCAUUCAGUUCAGCUUCCGCUGGAUGAACUGUCUGCUGAUGAGAGAAAUCAGCGUCAAGAAUACGAUUCGAAUGUGGGACACAUAUAUGGCCGAAGAGCAAGGUUUCUCCGAGUUCCACCUCUACGUGUGCGCCGCCUUCCUGGUGAAAUGGUCCGACAAGCUGGUCAAGAUGGACUUCCAGGAGAUCAUGAUGUUCCUGCAGUCGCUGCCGACGCGCGACUGGACCGAAAAGGACAUUGAGCUCCUACUGAGCGAGGCCUACAUCUGGCAAAGCCUGUUCAAGGGCUCGUCGGCGCAUCUAAGGGGUCCCGAGACUAGCAACCGGGCUCCGAACACGAAUUUCCAGCUUUGACACGGGGGCAUUUGCUCUUUGAUUUGUGCGUGGCCAGACGAGGUGAUGAUGUAUAUACCUAGAAAAUUUGUAAUGCUGCUCCGAUUGAUGCGGUUCGCUGCUUCGUUGCUGGGAUGAGCAUAAAAGCAUAGCAUGCGGAUAGGAUACCAAUAAUAUAAUGCCCAAAACAGAACUCAAAGUCCGGUAGCUCUGACGAAGUGUGUCUUUUUGUUCUGUGUCCUUAGAUCCAAGAGUAUGGCAC